CGCUCGGCGGGCGCCUCCGCGCGCCGGCCCCGGGCAACCGGCCAGGCGAGGCGAGCGGCCCCGGUGCCAGGCCCGGCCCCCCGGUGCCAGCCCCGGCCCGGCCAUGCUGCGCGGGGCGCGGCACGGGCAGCUCACCGCCGUCUGCAGGGCGCUGGCGGGCGCAUCAGUACUCUGUCAAGUGGAACCUGUGGGAAGAUGGUUUGAAGCGUUUAUUAAGAGGAGAAACAUAAAUGUUUCUGCCUCUUUCCAGGAGCUGGAAGAUGAGAAGGAACUUUCUGAAGAGUCAGGGGAUGAAGAAUUGCAGCUUGAAGAAUUUCCUAUGUUAAAAACCCUUGAUCCAAAGGACUGGAAGAAUCAAGACCAUUAUGCAGUUCUUGGCCUAGGAAAUACACGAUACAGGGCUACUCAGAAGCAAAUCAAAGCAGCUCACAAAUCCAUGGUUUUGAAACAUCACCCAGACAAGCGAAAAGCUGCAGGGGAACAGAUUGGAGAAGGUGAUAAUGAUUAUUUUACCUGCAUAACUAAAGCUUAUGAAAUACUGUCUGAUCCUGUGAAACGACGAGCAUUUAACAGCAUAGAUCCUACUUUUGAUAAUUCUGUACCUUCCAAAAGUGAAGCAAAAGAGAACUUCUUUGAAGUUUUUUCACCAGUUUUUGAAAGAAACGCCAGGUGGUCAAAUAAGAAAAAUGUUCCUAAACUUGGGGACAUGAACUCAUCAUUUGAAGAGGUAGAUGCAUUCUAUUCAUUUUGGUAUAAUUUUGAUUCCUGGAGAGAGUUUUCCUAUUUAGAUGAAGAGGAAAAAGAAAAAGCAGAAUGUCGAGAUGAAAGGAGGUGGAUUGAAAAGCAGAACAGAGCUGCCAGAGCAUUGAGAAAAAAAGAAGAAAUGAACAGAAUUAGGACACUUGUUGAUAACGCAUACAGCUGUGACCCCAGGAUAAAGAAAUUUAAGGAGGAGGAAAAGGCAAAGAAGGAAGCAGAAAAGAAAGCAAAGGUAGAAGCAAAACGAAAAGAACAGGAGGCAAAAGAAAAACAAAGACAAGCAGAAUUGGAAGCAGCACGGUUAGCAAAAGAAAAGGAGGAAGAAGAAGUUAGGCAACAAGCAUUAGUAGCAAAAAAGGAAAAAGAGAUACAGAAAAAAGCAAUCAAGAAAGAAAGGCAAAAACUGAGAACAACAUGCAAGAACUGGAAUUACUUUUCUGAUAAUGAGGCAGAUUGUGUUAAAAUGAUGGAGGAGGUGGAAAAGCUUUGUGAUCGUCUUGAGCUAGCAAGUCUGCAAUGCUUGAAUGAAGCACUUACAUCCACAACAAGGGAAGGAGGAAAGGCGGCUGUAGUAAAACAGAUAGAAGAAAUAAAUGAACAAAUAAGGCGAGAGAAAGAAGAGGCAGAAGCUCGCAUGCGUCAAGCAACAAAGAGUUCAGAGAAGUCAAGCACUGGUGGUGGAGGGGGAAGCAAAAAUUGGCCAGAAGAUGAUUUACAGUUGUUAAUAAAAGCUGUGAACCUCUUCCCAGCAGGGACUAACUCAAGGAUUCACAGAUUUGAAGUCUCCAUUACAAGAUUUGGAUGCUUAAUUUUAGAAAAAACAAGCUGUUAUCCUCUGUAUGGAGAUGAUACCAGUACCUGUUUCUGCACUGCAGCUCAGUCAAGAGUACUCAUUGACAACAAAGGCCUAGAUACGAUCCUCCUGUCUGACCAGGUGUGGGAAGUUAUUGCCAAUUACAUGAACUUGCACUCUACUACUGGAAUAAAACGAACAGCAAAAGAUGUCAUCAAUAAAGCAAAGAGCCUCCAAAAGCUUGACCCUCACCAAAAAGAUGAUAUAAACAAGAAAGCAUUUGACAAAUUUAAAAAAGAACAUGGUGUGGUGCCUCAGAUGGACAGUGCUGCCCCCUCGGAACGAUUUGAAGGAUCACCUUUAGAUUCGUCCCCUUGGACUACAGAAGAACAAAAGCUUUUAGAACAAGCACUGAAGACUUACCCAGUAAAUACUCCAGAAAGAUGGGAGAAAAUAGCAGCAGCUGUUCCAGGCCGGUCAAAAAAAGACUGCAUGAAACGAUACAAGGAACUCGUUGAAAUGGUCAAGGCAAAGAAAGCUGCUCAAGAACAAGUGAUGAAUGCUACUAAAGUCAAGAAAUGACUCUUACUGACAAUCUUUUGUUUUAUAAUAAAAAUGCAAAUACUGUACAA